CCGUCACACUUAUCAAUUAGCGCGUUUAUGACAACCCCCUGGCCCCAAAAACCCGCCAGAUGCUCGGCCCGUGAGUAUAUUUAUUUUCUCUCGCCACACGGAAAACUUCCACGGGUUUCAGUCUGUCGAUUCGCUCGGAGGCGGUCUGUACGCACAAUUGGGCGAAGGAAAAGGCAAGGUCAAGCAAGGUCUUUUUAUUCGACUGGCGAAAAAUCCAAAUUCUACGUGUGUGCGCGGGUGGUGAAAGGAGAAAGCUAGAGAAAUGGCACAGGUGCGAUUGCUGGUACAGGGAGCUCGGAGGGGACUGCUCAAUGUGGGCGCAGUCACGCCCCACGAAUCCACCGCCGCCCAUAAAAGAUUUCAGCACAGCACGUCGAACUCUGGAGAUUACGACCUGGUUGUGGUUGGCGGUGGUAUCGUGGGAGCUGCCUCUGCCCGUGAGAUUCUACUGCGCCAUCCAUCCCUGAAAAUUGCAGUCUUGGAGAAGGAGAGCCAGCUGGCGAAGCACCAGAGCGGCCACAAUUCCGGAGUGAUCCAUGCGGGCAUCUACUAUAAGCCCGGAACCCUGAAAGCCCGCCUUUGUGUGGAGGGCAUGCACUUGGCCUACGCCUAUCUAGAUGAACACAAGAUCCCGUACAAGAAGACCGGCAAACUAAUUGUGGCCACGGAUGAGAAGGAGGUGAAGCUGCUGGGGGAUCUGGAGAAGCGUGGCAUUGCCAACAAUGUGCCGGAUCUACGGAUGAUCAAGGGUGAUGAGAUCCAGGAGAUCGAACCCUUCUGCAAGGGACUGAAGGCUUUGCAUAGUCCGCACACUGGAAUCGUUGACUGGGGAUUGGUUACUCAGCACUAUGGCCAGGAUUUCACUCGAUCCGGGGGCGAUAUCUACCUGGAUUUCAAUGUCAGCAAGUUCAGCGAGACCAAAGAGGGCACCGACUAUCCAGUGACCAUCCAUGGCGCCAAGCCUGGUCAAACGGUUCGCACCAAGAAUGUCCUGACCUGCGGUGGCCUGCAAUCCGACUUGCUGGCGGAGAAGACAGGAUGUCCCAGGGAUCCCCGGAUUGUGCCCUUCCGUGGAGAGUACUUGUUGCUGGCCAAGGAGAAGCAGCAUAUGGUCAAGGGCAAUAUUUAUCCGGUGCCCGAUCCCCGUUUCCCUUUUCUGGGAGUUCACUUCACGCCGCGCAUGGACGGAUCCAUCUGGCUGGGACCAAAUGCAGUGCUGGCUCUUAAGAGGGAAGGUUACACCUGGGGUGACAUCAAUCUCUUCGAGCUGUUCGACGCCCUGCGCUAUCCAGGAUUUGCCAAAAUGGCCAGCAAAUACAUCGGCUUUGGGCUGAGUGAGAUGUCCAAGUCGUGGUUCAUUAACCUGCAAAUCAAGGCGUUGCAAAAGUACAUCCCGGACAUCACCGAGUACGACAUCCAGCGCGGUCCGGCGGGAGUGCGUGCCCAGGCGAUGGAUCUGCAGGGCAACCUGGUGGACGACUUCGUCUUCGAUCGCGGCGAAGGAUCGGGUGCGCUGGCCAAGCGGGUUCUCCACUGCAGAAACGCUCCAUCGCCGGGGGCAACCAGCAGUCUGGCCAUCGCCAAGAUGAUUGCCGACAAGAUUGAGACUGAGUUCUCCAUCGGCAAGUGAUAGGCCAU